UACGGCCCAUAGUACUGAGUCUACGCCUACGAUCCCCAUAUUUCUAACACCACUAAUCAGCUCUCAUCGCCAACCAGAGUCAUUAGACUUGAAGAUUCGGAGCUGCCACUGCCCCUUGAUUAAUGAGAAGUUCAAGACGAGGGUAUGAAUACCUCAAAGAAGCAGAAAUGUUACAAGGAUUUGGCAGGAGAGCAGAGGGUAUCAACAUAAAACCAGCCCUUACGAGCACAUAAGAGGAAGAAGUUGGAAGCCUCCGAGCCGGCGUGACUCGAGUUACUACACCGACAUUGAGCCAACUGUAAAGCGGAUUCUGAUAAAGCUGGUCAUUGCCACAUCUUACUUCUUCACCGCUAAACGAUAGUCUUUUACUUGCCACUUGAGUUUAUCGCGGUGGAUGAUUUUUCUUGUCAACUACUUUCUCCUCGCUGUAAGUAAGGACAUUCGGUCAGAUGUCUACGCCGCAAAUGUUCCAACAUUCUCAACGAAAGGCAAGACUGACACCGUUCAUUACGUUUUCGGUAUGCACCCUUUUGACACCAUCCACUCCGGACCCGUCGCAGCUCGACCAAAAUUCUACAUCACACUUCUGGUGUUGUCUGUCACGACGUAUAUCAUUGCAGGUCUGGCGCAUAGGCCUCCCGAAAUCAGAGGAAGAAAAUGGCUCUGGGCCGGGACGCACCCCAAAGAUGCCCUCGUUGCAAGACCCUGGUUCAAAUUCAGGGUUUUUGAGAGCCAUGGGCAGAAUAACAAUGAGUAAGAUACGUGUUUGCGCCACCGAGAAGCAAGGUGAAGGAAGAGAUGAUGGCAAAGCAAAUAGGGCAGGUGCGGUCGGCAGAGGAGGUGUUAGGGCUGCUGAAAAUUGCAGAUUGUCAAGUAUUACACAAAUACAAGUGGAACUCAACAAAG